AACGUGAUUAUAAGUUUAUAAUUAGCCGUUCCCUGCACUUUGAGCUUUCUUUUUCCGCCCUAAUUUUUCAGCCAAACGAGAAAAUUAGAAUCCCUAUUCUUUCGUUGCCGCCAUUCGAGUCGCAACCAAAUGAUGGAAGAGGAGACGGUGAUGGAGAAGAAGAAGAACAAAGGAAAGCACGACAAACCGAAGCCAUGGGACGAAGACCCCAACAUCGACCGUUGGAAGAUCGAAAAAUUCGAUCCUUCUUGGAACGAAGGCGGCAUGCUCGAAGUUAGCUCCUUCUCUACUCUUUUCCCUCAAUACAGAGAAAAAUACUUGCAACAAGCAUGGCCUAUGGUGAAAGGUGCUUUGAAAGAGUAUGGUGUUUCAUGUGAGCUAAAUCUGGUUGAGGGCUCCAUGACUGUCUCAACAACUAGAAAGACUAGGGACCCUUAUAUUAUUGUGAAAGCCAGGGAUCUUAUUAGACUUUUGUCAAGAAGUGUUCCUGCACCUCAGGCAAUCAAAAUACUUAAUGACGAAGUGCAGUGUGACAUCAUCAAAAUUGGCAACUUGGUCCGCAAUAAGGAACGAUUUGUUAAACGGAGACAGCACCUUGUGGGCCCAAAUUCUUCUACUUUAAAGGCGCUUGAAAUAUUGACGGGCUGCUAUAUCCUUGUUCAGGGAAACACGGUUGCUGCUAUGGGUUCAUUUAAAGGUUUGAAGCAAGUCAGGAAGAUUGUGGAAGAUUGCAUACAGAAUAAAAUGCAUCCUGUAUACCAUAUCAAGAUUCUCAUGAUGAAGAAAGAACUCGAAAAAGAUCCAACACUUGCAAAUGAAAAUUGGGAUAGAUUUCUUCCAAAGUUUAAAAAGAAAAAUGUCAAGCAAAAGAAUGUCAAGAGUAAAGAGAAGAAACCGUACACACCCUUCCCUCCUCCUCCACAACCUAGUAAGGUUGACAAACUACUGGAAUCUGGAGAAUACUUUCUUAGUGAGAGAAAGAAAGAAUCAAAGAAGUGGCAAGAGAAAAAGGAGAAGCAAGCAGAAAAAACAGCUGAAAAUAAAAGAAAAAGAGAAGCUGCAUUCAUUCCUCCUGAGGAAACCUCAAAGCAGGAUUCUCGUAAUCAUGAGGAUCAGAACAAAGAUGUUGCUGCUAUGGCCAUGUCACUGAAGGAGAAGGCGAAGAAGUUGAAAAAGCAGAAGUCUGCUGAGAAUAUCAAUGCUGAAGAAUAUAUUGCAGCAUCUGGAGAAGAAUCGUCAAAAAAGAAGAAGAAAUCGAAACAUUCUUAAUCUAGAUUAGGCACAAUGAUGAUCUGAUAACGUGUAGGGAUUAGAGUUUCUGAAGUUAAUUUUCUUAGCUGUAUGCCAUGUUUCUUAUUUGUCCAGAAUGGUCUCACUGCUCUAGAAAA